AUGCAUGUGCCUAUCACUUAGAUAUGGGGAAACUUCUUGAACUGUUAGUAUGAAAUUAUAUGUGUAUAAAUUCCAGUAAUUCUGCCCCUAGGAUACAAUCCCUGCCUUUUAAAGGUAAUAAAUACUAAGAGGAUUGUAUGCAAAAACAUUUUUUUCUAAAAGUGGGACUGCCCUCCAUGUUAUUAAGUUCUAGAGAGCUUUGUAAACAUCAUGUUGGCUCCAUGGGAUAGCAUUAGUCUUUUUUUGUUCCAACAUUCUGAGGUAUACUUAAUCAAGCCAUUACGCCAUCAUGUCCAACAUGAAUUGGCACUAUGGCUUCAUAUUCUCCCAGCUUAGUCAAAUCAAAUGCAAAAGAAACAUCUAUUUAUAGCUAGUAGGAGGCAUAAGGAGAUAAUUACAAGAAAGAUCAAGGAUUUAAUCAACCUCUUUUUUCAGAAAUACCUUCAUAAGGAAUGA